GUUGUACUAAAAUACAUGCUGCACAGAACCUUUCUUCUCUACCAAAGUCCAAACUUGCCAAGUUCAUCCAUCCUCCCCUUCCCCCCUCCGAUCCCCUCCCAUCCCCUCCCCGCCGCCUCGUGCGAUCGAUCGAUCGAUCGAUCCGCACCACCCACGCGCCCGAUUCGCCCUCCUACCCAGGCCACCUCUAACCCUAGCGCCGGCGGCUCUUCUCCCCCGCCGCCACCGCCGCUCCAACCCUCCCCAACAGUGGGUUUCUCUCCCCCCCAAUCCCCUCCCCUCUACCGCCGUCGAUCGACGCGCCACCAGGAGGGGAGCAGGACGAAAGCCGGUGCUGCCUACCGCCUCCGCAGGUACCUCAUCGAGCAUCGGUCGGAGUGCAACCGGAGUGCCAAGGUGUAUUUCAUGGAUUCUUUUCAACAUGGCAUGGAUGCUGAUAAACACCACAUUUUUGGGGAGCGUGGCAAUAUGAUUCAGUUAAAUAUGUGUGCAUCUGAUGGUCGUUCUGUUGCAGUUGGACAACGAUGCCAGAGACUUGGGUGUAACAAUGUUGUUGAAGGCCAGACAUUGCUCUGUAAAAGUCACAGUAUAGGGCAACGAUGCCAAAUGCUUGGCUGCCCUCAUAUUGUACCAGAUGGCUCAGUAUUAUGUAUGUCCCAUGGUGGAGGUCGCCCGCUUGGUGAACCUGGUUCCAGUACAGUAGCUUGCUCCAAAUCAGAAAUUUCAAUCAAGUACGAAGGAGAGAGUGGGUUCAGAGUAACCCAAAAUGCUGGGAAUGAUCUGGGUAGUGCAGGAAUCUAUAAUCCUGAUGGUGAUGUUGUGAUGUGCAAGUACCAGGGUUGCAGCAAGCGAGCCCAGGGAAAUGCAAUGUACUGUAAGAUUCACCGCGGCGGUUCAAAGGGCUGCAUGGUUCAAGGUUGUACAAAGGGUGCACAUGGGGGCACACCUUUAUGCAUUGCUCAUGGCGGAGGCAAGCGCUGCGCUGUCACUGGAUGCCCCAAUGCAGCAUGUGGCAGCAGUCAAGGCCUCACUGACCGCUGUGUAAGGCAUGGUGGUGGAAGGAGGUGCAGGUUUGAUGGUUGUGUGAAGGGUGCCCAAGGGAACACAGACUUUUGCAUUGGACAUGGUGGGGGAAGACGCUGCAAGUUUGAAGGAUGUGGUAAGAGUGCACAAGGGCGGAGUGAUUACUGCAUCAAACAUGGUGGCGGCAGGCGCUGCAAGUUUCAAGGAUGUGCCACGAGUGCAAAAUGGGGCAUGGAUUUCUGCUCUUUGCACAGAAAGAGCUUGAUGAGCGGCAGCAAUUCUUCCCAUGAAAUGCUGCCAGCGCCACCGCCCAAGCGCCGGGCCAAGAAGACCAAGACCGCGGUUGGUCCAUCUGGUCUCUCCAGUGACCCCAAAUCAGCAGAGAGUGUGAUGAUUAAGCAUGCUUCCAAUGCGGGUCACCAACAACAGCCGAUCCACUCUAUGAAAUCCUCGCCGUCUUCUGGGUUAACUGCUUCAACUGAGGGUGAUGUGGCGGCGAGGAGCCAUGCAUUAUUUGGACUGUAGAUACCUUGUUGAUGCAUAAGAGUGGUUUCGCAUAGACUUGUUAACUAGGGGGAUUAGCUGUGAACUGAAGUGAAGAUAAGGAUCAUAGGAGAUCCACUUUUUAUAUUAACAUGCUUUCACUGUCAGUUGACUUGAGUAGAACUGUGCAUUGUGUUAUCUGCAAGGAUUAUCAACAAAUUUAAAUCUGCAUAGUACCUAUGUAUGUGGUUCUGUCCUCUUUGAUGUCUUUUCUAUGAUUUCA